AUGAAGACAGUUAAUUUCUAUGUCCUGAUGCUUUUCUGGGAAACAGUUUGUUGCAAUCACUGCCAGCUGUCCAAUGUCACACUAGCAGUGGAAAAGGAAGAGUGUGGCUUUUGCAUCAGCAUCAAUGCAACUUGGUGCUCUGGCUACUGCUUCACAAAGGAUCUAGUUGAUAAGAACCGACCAGUGAAAUAUGUCCAGACCGUCUGUACGUUCAAGACAGUUGUGUAUGAGACUGUAAAGAUCCCAGGCUGUGCCGGUCAAGCAGAAUCAUUUUAUUCCUAUCCAGUGGCAACAGGAUGCCACUGUGCGACCUGCAACACAGACAUCGCUGACUGCACCAGGAGAGGCUUGGAGCCAAGUUAUUGUUCAUAUGAUCAAAAUCAGAUCAGGGAGUGA